CACAUACGGAGUCGCAAAUGAGGUCCACUUUCAUCUCAAAGCAUUUCACAGUUUCAGACACACCAGUUUCAUCAAAAAAGCACUUUCGUCGAUGCUUCAAUUCCGAAGAAUGACAACGAAAGCGCAAUUCAAACCCUAGAACAUCAUCAACAUUUGAUCCCAAUCAGAUUCAAUCGAAUUGCGCAAAUUCCAUCACCAGAUCUCAUUCAUAGUAUCUCCCUACACUGAUCUGAUCUCUUCUGAUCUCGCGAUCAGAAACCCUAGGAUCAAUGGCAGGGGCGGCCUCUGCUCUCUUCCUUCUUGACAUCAAAGGCCGCGUUCUGGUGUGGCGCGACUACCGUGGCGAUGUAUCAGCUGUUCAGGCCGAGAAAUUCUUCACCAAGCUCAUCGAGAAAGAGGGUGAUCCGGAGACUCAAGAUCCAGUUGUGUAUGAUAAUGGUGUUACCUAUAUGUUUAUACAGCACAACAAUGUUUAUCUGAUGACGGCAUCUAGGCAGAACUGCAAUGCUGCUAGUCUUAUCCUCUUUCUACACCGUGUAGUUGAAGUCUUUAAGCAUUAUUUUGAAGAGCUAGAAGAGGAGUCUCUUAGAGAUAAUUUUGUUGUAGUGUAUGAACUACUUGAUGAAAUGAUGGACUUUGGUUACCCUCAGUAUACUGAAGCCAAGAUUCUAAGUGAAUUCAUCAAGACCGAUGCUUACAGGAUGGAGGUUGCACAGAGGCCUCCCAUGGCCGUAACAAAUGCAGUAUCCUGGCGCAGUGAAGGGAUACGUUAUAAAAAGAAUGAGGUAUUUUUGGAUGUUGUGGAGAGUGUUAAUAUACUAGUCAACAGCAACGGGCAGAUAAUUAGGUCAGACGUUGUUGGGGCAUUAAAGAUGCGGACAUAUUUGAGUGGUAUGCCUGAGUGUAAGCUUGGGCUAAAUGAUAGAGUGUUAUUGGAGGCGCAAGGACGAUCAACAAAGGGAAAAGCCAUUGAUUUGGAUGACAUCAAGUUUCAUCAGUGUGUGCGUUUGGCCCGAUUUGAAAAUGAUCGGACAAUAUCCUUUAUACCUCCUGAUGGUGCUUUUGAUCUCAUGACAUAUAGACUCAGUACUCAGGUCAAACCUCUGAUAUGGGUAGAAGCUCAAGUUGAAAAGCAUUCUAGAAGUCGUAUGGAGAUCAUGGUAAAAGCCCGGAGCCAAUUCAAGGAGCGUAGCACUGCAACAAAUGUUGAGAUUGAGUUGCCUGUGCCAUCUGAUGCUACCAAUCCUAAUGUUCGGACAUCAAUGGGAUCUGCUGCAUAUGCACCAGAAAAUGAUGCUUUGGUCUGGAAAAUAAAAUCUUUUCCGGGUGGUAAGGAAUACAUGUUGAGAGCAGAGUUUACUCUUCCUAGUAUAAUAGCUGAAGAAGCAGCUCCUGAGAGAAAAGCUCCUAUACGUGUGAAGUUUGAGAUACCAUAUUUUACUGUUUCAGGAAUACAGGUUCGUUACCUCAAGAUCAUUGAGAAAAGCGGCUACCAGGCUCUUCCUUGGGUGAGAUACAUAACAAUGGCUGGAGAGUAUGAAUUAAGACUUAUGUGAAGCCGUUUCAAUCUGUUUGUGUUUCAAAUCAGAGCAAGGUCAUUUACAGGCUCAGAUCAUUUAGAGCUUCCAUUGUGGAUUAAAAACGAGGAGCCUCGUGGGGCGUCAGUUGUACCUAUCCAGACAAAUGGUUUUUUGAGCAAAAUCUCUCUCUGCUCCUUUUUUGUUCUUCAACAUGAUAUUGUUAUAUUAGACAGUGCUUUGUAAGAGCCAAUGUUUACUCACAAAGUUUAUAUGUUGAUUUCUUUUGAAAAUUAAGACUAUAUAUUGUGAAUCGAAUGUUUGCUUGUAAUCUUGUAUUUGAAAUAUUCCACUUUAAUGGUUGAUGAUUUUAUUUUUGAUUAAA